GUCAAUUUCAAUAUCAUUUACACCACGUAUAAAAAGGUCAAUGACCACGAGAUCAGAGCCGACUUUGUGAUCCCCAAGUCAAAGUUCGAAGGAAAGCGACCGCUCAUCGUUCGCUUUCAUGGCGGUGGCUUGGUAGGUUCAAUCUUCUCGGGUUAUUAGUCGAGAGUCGAGCGGAUCCGCGACUAACAAACCCAGAUAACUGGAGAUUCCCUGAUGAAGGAAUGGUUUCCCUCGUGGCUACUGGAGCUUGCGGCAAAGCACAAUGCAAUCAUUGCUACGCCCAACCAUCGACUCCUCCCCGAGUCCAGCUCCACAGACAUUUUAGAGGACAUCGAGGACUACUGGACCUGGCUGCACUCCUCCACCGUAGCAGAUCUGCUGUCCACUUCCGUGAACCCGACGGAUAUCGAUUUCACCCGAGUUCUCUCUGCUGGGGAGUCCGCUGGCGGUCUCCUUAGCAUCCUUCUUGCGCUGUCGCAUCCCGACGAGAUCCGAGCCGCCACGGGCAGUUAUCCCGCGCUGGACAUGGCUUCGGAUCAUUUCGGUACGCCAAGCUCGGAGCCGCUAGAGCCACCACUCCCGGCGACGCUGGUGCGUGAUCAUGAAAGCAAGAUUCAACCGGGAGAUGUCUUUUCGACUGGACUUUCGAUGGAGCGGUUUCAACUCAUGAUUGCGGCCAUUCACUUCGGAGACCUCGGACGGCUAUACGAGCGCGGAACAGAGGGCCAGCCGCGGGGUCGCUUCUAUCCUCUUGAAAAGCUGGAUGAACCGGACGUCAAGAUCCCCCGUGGCGGGAUUGCCAUCAUGCAUGGUGCGCAGGAUACCAUUGUUCCCCUGGAUGGCGUGGAGAAGUUUGUGCAGAAGGCUCGUCAGGUGGCACGCGGGAAGCCGGUGGAGGAUAAAAUCAUCCUCACUGUCCAGGAUGGGUGGCAUGGGUUCGAUCUCGAGACUCCCUUGAGCGAGCCGUGGUUGACUGAUCAUCUGUCUUUGGUUGUUCAGGCUUGGAUAGAGUGAUUGACCUGUGAUAUGACCUGGUUAUGAGUGUAUAUACCCAAAAGACCUGCAUAUAUGCAAUAGACAUCCCUAGGUAAUAGGACUGCACUGAAUGCAUAGCAAUUCUGCCACAGGCAGCAAACUGUGCACGUGAGGCUGUUUGUCUUGUUGGGUUUGCUCGUUGCUGAACGCUCUGGAUUCCUUCCUUCCACAACCACCUCAACCAAUU